UUCACCCGCUGUAGCAUUCCACAGGGCAUGUGUCCUGAUGAGACUACAGACCCCUGUCUGGCAAACAAUGGUGGUUGCAAUGCCAAUGCAGAUUGCUUAACAGUUAAUGGUGCUGUGAGUUGCACUUGCAGGGCAGGGUACUCUGGUGAUGGAUAUACAUGUACAGACGUUGACGAAUGUGCUGUAGCCAACGGUGGCUGUUCUGCAAGUGCUAGCUGCACAAACUCUGUCGGCAGUUACCAGUGCAGUUGCUUGGCAGGAUACACUGGUGACGGUUUCACCUGCAUUGAUGUUGAUGAGUGCUUAGUUGCCAAUGGUGGCUGUGGUGCAAAUGCCUUGUGUAGCAAUACUCCAGGCAGCCGUGACUGCGCUUGUAAGUCAGGGUUCACAGGAGAUGGCUUUACCUGUUCUGACAUCGACGAAUGCCUUGUUAAAAAUGGAGGCUGUGAUGUGAAUGCUGUAUGUCAAAACACCAAUGGUGGAAGAACGUGCACCUGUCUCCCAGGGUUCUCUGGUAAUGGCAUCACUUGCACAGAUGUGGACGAGUGUCUGGUUGCUAACGGUGGCUGCGACGCAAAUGCCCGGUGCAGCAAUACUGCAGGCAGCCGUGACUGCGCUUGUAAAUCAGGGUUCACAGGAGAUGGCUUAGUGUGCACAGACGUUGACGAAUGCUUGGUGGCUAAUGGUGGGUGCCAUGCAAAUGCGGACUGUAAAAAUGCUGUUGGUGGCAGAACUUGCACAUGUCAUCCUGGUUACACUGGAGAUGGACUUGUACUGACAUAA